AUUUGAAUGAGUGAUGGCGAAAUGUUAUAAUGGUUGUUGUUAUAUAAGGGGUCGAAUCCCACAAGUUGAAGCAAAAUUGGUUGAGAGACUCUGAGAAAAGGGUACUACGUACCUGCCUGCAGCAACCUCGAAGCUAGUUCAAACUAGUGGGAGGUUGUGUGCAUAGAAGCACAAACACAAAUAGACUCGUCAUAUUAGUAUUAUUGAUCAUUGAACAUUGAUCAAUAUGGCUCGUGGAAAGGUUCAGCUGAAGCGAAUUGAGAACUCAGUGCACAGACAAGUUACCUUCUGCAAGCGCCGAGCAGGGCUUCUUAAGAAAGCUAAGGAACUCUCUGUGCUGUGCGAUGCUGAAAUUGGCCUUGUCAUUUUCUCCGCCCAUGGAAAGCUCUAUGAACUAGCCACCAAAGGAACCAUGCAAGGGCUCAUUGAGAGGUACAUGAAGUUCACACCAGGGGCUCAGCCUGAAGCAGCACCUGAAGCACAUCCUCUGGAUGCAAAAGAGGAAACCAACAAGCUAAAACAAGAAAUCCAAACACUGCAAAAGGGUAUCAGGUAUUUGUUUGGAGGAGGAAAUAAGACGAUGACAAUCGAUGAAUUACAAAUAUUAGAAAAGAAUCUCGAAAUGUGGAUAUAUCAUAUUCGUUCAAUGAAGAUGAACAUCAUGUUACAAGAAAUUCAAGCUUUGAAAGAUAAGGAGGGAACUCUUAAAGCGGCAAAUAAAUAUCUGCAGGAUAAGAUUGUGGAGAAUACUGUAGUUUAUAAUGUUGCUCCAUAUGCUACUGACACUCCAUACCCGCUAAUUAUACAAGAUGAGGUUUUUCGACUCUAUUAACUGAGUUGUUACUUCAACGUUGUGUUUAUACAUGAUUUAGUUAAUAAAUGAAUAUGUUGUGAUGCAUAAGAAUAAAUACUGUAAUAUGGAUGGAUGAACAUAGUUCUUUGGUUACUAUUACCAAAUUUCAUGGUGUGCAAACUUUGCAAUAAUUUGUAACAUUAAUAAUGUGCUGUUAUGAUACUAUUUAAUUAUAAUGUAAAAGUUAGAAAAAAUGUGGUUUUUGACUU